AUGGCUGGCGAGGACCUGGGCAGCAUGGUACAAGAUGCUCGACAAGCAGCUGCGGAUGAGUUUGGAGAUAUGUCUGACGGAUUUAACCCCCUGAGGCGCACCUCAGACGGAACGACUCUGAAGGAAGCAGUUGACUCUGGAGAGUUUAACAUAGAUGAGCUCAAGAACACGCAUGUCCACAAGGUGUCAGGAAAGGAAGCCGAGACGCAGAAGCGCAGGGUGCAGGAGGAGGACUAUGAGCCCGCCGAGUACCCUCUGGGGGAAGUGCCAAAGCCCCUGUUAGAUGAUGAAGGCAAGUUAAGCACUGAAUUCUCAAAGGCAAAGUUGCUAAAUGCAGCCCCACUUGCUGCGGAGUGCUGUAAGAUGUACAAGGACAUGAAACGGCGAAAAUUCAAGAAGGUCCACCUGGUGGUUGUAUCCAGUCGCAAGCCAAUAGAUCACCCCCUGUCCAAAGCGUUGUCCGGGGUCUACUAUGCGGAUUCCAAGCGUAUCGAUGCUUUUGGUGGAAACACGUUUUACACGAAGGUGGCUUUCUCGGGGGAAAGAUUGAUUGUGCGUGGCCUCUACCUUUUCUGGAGCAAAACCAAGCAAGCUUGGCAAGUGUCCAAAGCGCUUGACGACCACACGGCGGGCUUCCUCGUGCACAAGGGGGACCUCAAAUUGGGUCCGCGGGUCUUGCCGAAGGCGCGCGCACUAACAAGGCAGUGCAUCGAUCGACUCCGAGAGGCGCGGAAACAUAAGGGACCGCAUCCUGACCUGGAAUGA